GGCUACACCUUGAGUUUGCUGCUAAGACUGAGAGACUGAAGAUAUUUAAGCACCGAGUGCUGCUGAUCGGUGAAGUCUCGAGGAUUUUAGAAAGCAAUUGAGCACGAACCUUAUCCGUUACAGUGGCAAUGGAGGACAAAUCGCCGACGUUACCGAUUUCUGAAGAUUUAUCCCGGAAAAUAAUAUCUCUUGCCGCCGGUGAAGCUCAUACAAUCGCUCUUACCGGCGAUGGAUGUGUUUACUCAUGGGGAAGAGGAAUGUUUGGCCGUCUUGGUACUGGUAAGGAAUCGGACGAGCUUGUUCCAGUUCGAGUCGAGUUCGAGUUUCCAAAUCAAGCGGAAGGAGAUCGGGCUCGAAUCGUUGGUAUUGCUGCUGGUGCUUAUCACAGUCUCGCUGUCUCAGAUGAUGGCUCGGUUUGGUGUUGGGGUUAUAACAUUUGUAGAGAAACUAGAUCAGAUUUAAAGGUUUGUGCUGUUAAGGCCGGAUCCAUGAUGUCGCUUGCCAUUGAUAAUGUCGGAGGUCUUUGGAUGUGGGGCAAUGUUCCUCCACAAGACAGUGAACCUGACCCUCGAUUGUCUUUUACAAGCAUCCCAAUUCCAUUUCCUAUACUCGACUUCCAUGGUCGGACGGUUUUGAAGGUAGCAUGUGGGGAUGAACACGUUGUUGCCCUCGUAGCACCAGGGGAUAUCCACAAAGACAACAGUUAUGAUGUAUCUGUGCUGUAUUCUUGGGGAAAUAAUCAUCAUGGCCAGUUAGGGCUUGGGGAUAAAGAGAGCCGUGUGAGGCCUCAGAUUGUGGAGACAUUUAACCAGAACUCGGGUCUUACAGUCUACGACAUAGCUUGUGGUGCUCAUCACACCGCUCUUCUCACCUACAAGAAGGAGACACAGAAAGGACCAAGCAUUUGCUGGACGUUCGGCUUUGGAGAAAAUGGUCAGCUUGGGCAUAGAAGUAACAAGAGCUCAUCGAUUCCGGAGCCAGUUUCAGAGCUCCCAGAACACGCGUACUUAGUUUCUGUAGACUGUGGAUUAUUCCACACAAGCGUAGUGUCCUCUGAGGGAUACGUGUGGUCGUGGGGAAUGGAGAGAGGAUUAGGAUUAUGCCCCGAUGUCAACUUCACAGAGGUGGAAGCAGGAGAUGAUAGUGUACCAAGAAAGAUUUCAGCUGGGUCAAGAUUUCGUGACCCGGUUCAGGUUUCUUGCGGGGCAGCACAUACAGUUCUUGUGGCAGAUGGUGGGUACAAGCUGUGGUCUUGGGGAAGAGGAAGAAAUGGAGUGCUUGGGACUGGGAAUGUUAGCGAUUGUUAUGUCCCUACUCACGUCUUCUGGCCAAAUGAGCUGAAACCAGAGAAAGAAGAAGUAGCUGAUGCUGACAAAAGCGCAUCAACUGAAGAGAUAAAACGGCUAGAAUCAAAGCUAAUGGUGAUGGAAAGAUAUGCAAGCAUACUUCAUGGAUCCAUAUUUGGAAAACCUUUCAAUGAAGAGGAAGAUAUCCCGUAUUCAUUACGGGUUUCUGGGUAUUUCGAUAUGGGCAAAGAGUGGGGAGAGAUGCUGGAGAGUGCAGAUAAGAGUCAGCUAAUGAGGCUUCAAGCUUUCUAUGAAGACAUGAUUGGUAGAGUAAAGGACAAGGUGCUGCAGAGAAGGAUUCAGGAGAUUAUGAAAGAUUGUUUUCAAUCUUCAGCCCCUAAACACUAAUAUCACUUGUUGUGUGAGAUUGGUCAGACCAAUUAUUAUGCACAAAUGCACAAUAGACUACCGGUAUAAUAAAUUAAUCAAGACGAC